AUGUCCGACGACCCGACCUUCGUUCCACACCUCUCCCCAGCGCAGAUCCAGCGCAUCCGCACCUCGCCCGCCCACAGACGCCUCAAGCACCUCGUCUACAGCCAACUCGCGCUCGCUGUGACCGGCGCGACUGUCAACCUCGUUUGCAUCAUCCUGGGGGCGGUAUGGGCGAGGGGAGUGCUCAAGGAGGAAAAGUGGCUCAUCUUCCACUACACGCUCGCGGCGCUGUUGAGCGUCAUGUGGGCCGGCUACUCGUACAUGUUCCUCUUGGACGUGCGCAACUGCGAGAUGCCUCUCCAACUGCAAGUCGACAUAGGCUGGAUCAUGAUGGCCGCCCUCUUCGCCUCCUCCUUCCUCGCCUACAUCUUCUUCAAGCUCGCGCACUAUGCGACGCUCGAGCUGUUUGAGAAGGCAUGCAGUGUGGCGUGUGAGGGAAAGAUGGCGUUUGUCAGAAUCGCGCCGGGGGUGCUAACCCUCCUAACCCCCCUCCUCUUUGCCCUCCCGCAACUGCUCCUCCUCCUCCUCCUCUACCGCACCCCAAUCGUGAACCCACCUCUCGAUUCGCAUGGCCUGCCCCUCCCUCAAGAUCCCGAGACCGGUGCGGUUCUGCCUCUCGAUGCGCGGGGGAAACCGGUUUGGCCGGAGUGGUUGAGGGGUGCGAUGGAGCCUACUGUGAAGGGGGGAGAUGGUGCGAGGAAGGAUGGGCGCGGGGGGAGUGUGAGCGACAGUGCGAGCGAGGAGGAGGAAGGGAAGGGCUUGCUCGGGGCUGACGAGAAGGCCAGCGCGGGACCUCACGAGCUUGGAAAGAGGCGUAGCGAGGCGAGGAGGAGCGCGGGACGAAGGGUGAGGCGGUGA